AUGACUACUGAAGUAGGCUCUUCAUCUGAAGUGAAAAAGGAAUCUGACCAGUUAGGAGCAGAUGCGACCAAGGAAAAACCUAAAGAAGUGGCAGAAAAUCAGCAGAAUCAGUCUUCUGAGCUGGAGGAAGAAAAAGGUUCCCAGCCACCUCCUCCAGCUGAAAGCCAAAGUAGUCCUCGCCGCCAGAAGAGAGAGAAGGAUCCAUCGGAGAGUAGGGGCAUUUCUCGAUUCAUACCCCCGUGGCUUAAGAAGCAAAAAUCAUAUAAUUUAGUAUUAGCCAAAGAUGGAGGAGACAAAAAAGAGCCUGGCCAGGCUGUUGUGGAAGAACAGGCCAUGAUUAAAGGGGAAUCUCUUCCAGAAGAAGAGCGGCAGGCGAAGGGUGAUGCUGAAGACACAGCUCAGAGAAAACAACAGGAAAUGAAGGUUGAAGUCAAGGAAGAAAAAGCUUCAGUGUGUGUUGGGGAGGCACAGCCUGUUGAAGAUGAAAAUAAGAAGAGAGAAGAAGAGAAGGAGAAAGAAAUUCAGGAAGAAAAACCAGAAGGAGAAGCAGCAAAAAGGGAGACAAAGGAAGUCCAGACCAAUGAACUGAAAGCAGAGAAGGAAUCUCAAAAAGCUACUAAGAAGACCAAAACUGUCCAGUGUAAAGUGAUCCUCCUGGAUGGCACUGAGUACAGCUGUGACCUGGAGAAACGUGCUAAAGGACAAGUGUUAUUUGACAAAGUCUGUGAACAUCUCAAUCUCUUAGAGAAGGACUACUUUGGACUUUUAUUUCAAGAAAAUCCUGAGCAGAAAAACUGGCUAGAUCCUGCAAAAGAAAUAAAGAGACAACUACGAAAUCUUCCCUGGCUGUUCACCUUUAAUGUGAAGUUUUAUCCUCCUGAUCCUUCACAACUGACUGAAGAUAUCACCAGAUACUUCUUGUGCCUUCAGCUCAGGCAGGACAUUGCCUCUGGUCGCUUGCCCUGCUCUUUUGUGACUCACGCCCUCCUGGGAUCCUACACACUGCAGGCUGAACUUGGGGACUAUGACUCUGAAGAACAUGGCCUUGAUGACCUCAGUAACUUCCAGUUUGCCCCGAUGCAGACUAAGGAGCUGGAAGAAAAAGUGGCAGAGCUGCAUAAAACCCAUAGGGGCUUAUCUCCAGCACAAGCUGAUUCUCAGUUCUUAGAGAAUGCAAAGAGACUCUCCAUGUAUGGUGUUGACCUGCAUCAUGCCAAGGACUCUGAAGGCGUGGACAUCAAACUGGGCGUGUGUGCUAAUGGACUUCUCAUUUACAAAGACAGACUGAGAAUCAAUCGUUUUGCUUGGCCGAAAAUCUUGAAAAUUUCCUAUAAACGCAGUAACUUCUACAUUAAAGUGAGACCAGCUGAGCUGGAACAGUUUGAGAGCACUAUUGGAUUCAAACUGCCAAAGCACCGAGCGGCAAAAAGGUUAUGGAAAGUAUGCGUGGAACAUCAUACUUUUUACAGACUUGUGUCUCCAGAGCAGCCACCAAAGGCCAAGUUCUUGACGUUGGGAUCCAAAUUCCGCUACAGUGGGCGCACCCAAGCCCAGACCCGACAAGCAAGCAUCCUCAUUGAUAGACCAGCACCACAUUUUGAGCGCACCUCUAGUAAACGGGCCUCCAGGAGUCUAGAUGGAACUCUGGUUGGUGAUGUGGACCAAAGUCUGAUGAAAGAUUUUUCUGGCUCUGCGGGGGAGGUUCCAGCUUAUGGUCCUGGUGGUGUGAGUCCUGUUGGGAUUCAAGAUGGAGAUGGCAGAAGGGAAGUCAGAAGCCCGGCAAAAACUCCGCAUCUGCAGCUCAUUGAAGGAAAGAAGAAUUCCUUGAGAGUAGAAGGGGAUAAUAUUUAUGUCAGACAUAGCAAUUUAAUGUUGGAGGACCUGGAUAAGGCCCAGGAGGACAUUCUGAAACAUCAGGCUAGCAUUAGUGAACUCAAGCGCAAUUUUAUGGAAUCCACACCUGAACCACGCCCCAAUGAAUGGGAAAAACGACGUAUCACACCUCUGUCCCUACAGACACAAGGGAGUUCACAUGAGACUCUGAAUGUAGUGGAGGAGAAGAAGCGGGCAGAGGUUGGGAAAGACGAAAAAGUAAUCACAGAAGAAGUGAACGGUAAAGAGAUAUCACCUGGGAGUGGUCCUGGGGAGAUUCGGAAGGUGGAGCCACUGACCCAGAAAGACUCCACCUCCCUGUCUUCUGAGAGCAGCAGCAGCAGUGAGAGUGAAGAAGAAGAAGUGGGAGAGUACCGCCCCCACCACCGUGUGACCGAGGGCACCAUUAAAGAGGAGCAGGAGGAAUAUGAGGAAGAGAUGGAGGAAGAGGCCGGCCGAGCAGCCAAGGUAGUAGAGAGGGAGGAAGCAGUGCCAGAAGCCAGCCCAGUCAAACAAGCAGGUGCCAGUGCAAUCCCAGUAGAAACAGUGAUCCAGGAAAAUGUAGUUGUCCAAAAGCUAUCUGGAGAGAAGAGUGUAAAUGAAGGCAAUAUUAAACAAGACAUGAGAGAAGAAACAGAGGAAGAGCAGCUCAAAGUUAACGGAGAGGUGUCUCAUGUUGACAUUGAUGUUUUGCCACAAAUUAUUUGUUGUUCAGAGCCACCAGUGGUAAAAACAGAGAUGGUUACCAUUUCUGAUGCCUCACAAAGGACAGAAAUCUCCACCAAGGAAGUCCCCAUUGUUCAAACUGAGACCAAAACCAUCACAUAUGAGUCUCCACAGGUUGAUGGCGGGGCUGGUGGUGAUUCGGGCACAUUACUGACUGCACAAACCAUCACAUCUGAGUCCGUGUCGACAACAACCACCACACACAUCACGAAGACUGUGAAAGGUGGAAUAUCUGAAACAAGAAUUGAGAAACGUAUUGUGAUUACAGGAGAUGCAGAUAUUGACCAUGACCAGGCCUUGGCCCAGGCGAUCAAGGAAGCCAGAGAGCAGCACCCCGACAUGUCGGUCACGAGAGUGGUGGUGCACAAAGAGACAGAGCUGGCAGAAGAAGGGGAUGAGUAG